CGAUGAACCGCGUGCAGCUGAUCAAACUACGCCGUCAUCUUGUGUCUGUUUGUUCCAAUCCAAGUCGGCUGGAUCCGAGUCAGUGACGACAUUCAGGUCGGACUCGGCGCCACCCUCACGCUCGGCCUCUGGGUCUUGUCUCUUCAGUUCCUCGAAGUGGUUUCGUCGGCCAGCUAUCUCUUGCCCAUGAUGUCGGACCUCUUGAGCGACAUUUGGAACUUUUUCAUUCUCUUUGGCGUCUUCCAACUGGGCUUGACGCUGACGUUCUACCAGCUCUUUCGAGGCCACGGCGACGACGCCUUUGGUAGUCUCGGUCAGUCGUUCAUGACAACCUACUUUGUAGCGUUUGGCCAAGUCCCUCUGGACUCCCUCAGCGUCUUUUCUCCCUCUUUGGAGGACAAUAUGAGCUCGAGUCCUACCGCCAUGUACACGGGUGUCGCUCUUCUCAUGAUGCUGCACUCGGCGAUCGUGGUCGUCGUGCUACUCAACGUCUUGCUGGCGUUGAUGAACCAGACCGUCACGGGGGGUCUCGAGAAGGCCAAGACACGAGCGCUGAUGAGUUAUGCGCAGUGCAUCUUGCGGCUCGAAGGCGCCAUGCACCUCAACCCAGCCGAGACGAUUGCACUCACGCAUGUCAAGGACACUUGUGGGAAGCGAACGCUGCAUCCUAUCUUUUCGGAGAGUGUCCCUCGCACCAGCCUCGUGCUGACGCCAGACCAAGCCGAGACGCUGCAGCGAACAGGGGCCAGUCGCGCCGCCUGGCUCGACCAGAUGCAAAUUCUGGACAAGGUCGUCAUGGACCAGAUCGGGUUUGUGGUCGAUGGUCUGGACCACGUCAGUCACUUUACCGAUCUCAACGUCCGCGAGGUGUUUGCACGUGAGUUUGACGUGCUGGCGACUGCUCAACAGCAGCUGUUGGGUGCGAUCGAGGUGGCGCGACGCAGCCGCGGCCAGUUCAAGAAGGAGAUCCUCGCCAAGCUCGAGAAGCGAACAUCCAAGGAUCUUCGGAAUCUUAAGGCGCAGCUUCUGAGUGCCUGGAAUCGCUCGAUGUCGACAGAGCCGGUUGACGACCACGCCAACUGCGUAAUGCUCCACCAGAUCAACCAGCGCACCACAUUGGAGGCGCUUUUGACCAAUAAACUUGCAGCGAUCACGACGGCGCUUGCCGACGUACCCCGAGACGACGUUGUCAGCCACGUCGAUGAAGAGAACGAAAAACUCCGCCUCGAGCUGGCUGAGCUGCGCACAUCAACGACGAAGGAGAUUGAAGUGGUGACCGCCCGCUUCGAGGCGUUGACGAGCCAGCUCAACGAGUCGGCAGAGAGGCGCAUGGAAGUGAUGACGGCUCAUUUGGAGAUGCUUUCAAGUCAACUUCGAGCAAUUGCGACGCAGCAAGGUGCGAUGGCAACGCAACAAGACGCCGCUGCGACACAGCAGACCGAGAUGGCGAUGCACCAAGACGCGAUCCUAUCACACCUCACCAACGACUCGAACGAAUCGCGCUCGUCCUCCCUCACCCGCCGCAAAAGCCGACGCUAG